AUGAAGUUCUCGAGUGCAAUUGUCCUGCCGCUGUUGUCGCUCGGCUCAGGCCUUGCUGCCGCUGCUUCGUGGAGCUUCGAGGAUGCCACGCUCAGUAUUGCCAGCAAAGGAGCUGGUGUAGGUGGUGCCCUCAAGGAGAAACUGUCCCCUGAAGCCCAUCUCAGCAAGCAGGUCAAGCUUGGUCCCACCGACUCGCUCAAGUUGGUCAUGACAACCACCGAGGACAAGACAGCAAAGAGACCUCACCAGGCCUUCCUCACUCUUCACGAGCCCAAGACUGGUCUCGAGGAGUCGUUCAUCUUCAGUGUCAGGGAGAGCGGCAAGGCCAAGGUCGAGCUGGUAUGCCAUGACUCUCCUCGCCAUACAAUUCUUGCAAAGCAACUGACAUGCGUCACAGNNUCGCAAAAGGAUCUCCCCUUCCAAUUCCUCAGCGCAAGCGACCCACUCCAGGCCAAGCUUCUGAUCGCCUCGUUUGGCUCUUCUGAUGCCUACUACACACAUGCCUUCGACUUGACUGUUACCCGCGAUGCCAAUGUGCCUCUCAGCACUCCCGAGCCUCCUCUUCGCUACGCCAAGCUGUCCGAGAUUCACCACAUCUUCCGCAGCGACCCCAAGUCCCNNCCUCCUACCAUUCUAUCUGGCGUCUUUACUCUCGCCAUCAUGGCCUGUCUGCCCGCACUUCUUGGUGGAUGGUUGUUCCUGGGCGCCAACUUCAACCACCUCUCCAAAGCCAUGAACGCUGCUCCCAUCUCCCACGCCCUGUUCUUCGGCAGCAUAGUCGCCAUGGAGUUCAUCUUCUUCUUGUACUACUCUUCCUGGACUCUGUUCCAGAUCUUGCCUCCUGCUGGUCUGGUGGGCACUGUUGCCUUCUUGAGUGGCAGCAAGGCCUUGAGUGAAGUUCAGCAACGCAGACUUGCUGGUCUGAGAUAA